CAAUAAGAGUAGGCUUCAGCCGCCACCCCGGCAAAAUUCAAAAUUUCCUACCAACUGAAAGUAAAUGAGUCCCGCAUGCUCAUAGUCCUGAGCUUACAGUGCAGUUUAAGUGUGCUGUAAAACACUUAUAUCCUAAAAAAAGAAAAAAAAUUUAAAAGAACCUCUAGAUCAGAUCAGGAACAAAACAAAACAUCUUACCAGCUCAGGGUAUUAUAUUUUCUACUGUAUUUAAAUGGGUUGCUUUCUUGAAGGAGUAAAAUAAAUUUAAUCUGAACAUUUAAAAAACAAACAUGAAAGCAUGAGUCAAAAGGGGGUUAGAAUGGGGCUUGAAUGAGAUUUGAUGAAUCAUCCAAGAUAGUCUGACAGAAGUCUAUGAUUUAUGAAGUAGUGCUAUAGUUACCGUUUCCCCCAUUAGUCACUAAUUACAUGAUUUGGUUCUCCCGUUUGUCAAACUUUUUCUUCUUUUGCUCGUAGAUCUCGAUGCCAUUCUAGUCUUUGUGUCAUGUUUUUUUUCUAUUUUUGAGUGUCUUCCAUAAGAUGAUUUCUCAUCUAUAUUUUCCAGCUUUUUUUCUUUCUCACCUUCUGAAUGUCAAGGUGCUGUACUGUUCUUUCCAGUCCUGUCCUGUAUUCUACUGUUCUUUCCAGUCCUGUCCUGUAUUCAUUUUUUAAAAGAAAUUUUGUACUCUCCUCUAGUGAAGAUAAAGAUGCCACUGUGGGACGGACUCAACAAUAUUUUGUCCCAUGGAAAAGGCGGCAAGAAAAGCAAAUUCAUUGUAAAGUCACAGAAUGAAGCCGCUGAAAAUUUUAAAAUGCUGACAGCGGAAUUCGAACCAAGUAUUGCAAGAGUUUACCUGGUCACCUGGAAUGUCCACAACCAGCCACCCCCAACUGACCUCGCUGACUUGUUAGGACUGGACAUUGAUCCGUCUCCUGACGUGUACGGCAUUGGUUUGCAGGAAGCCUUCAACCAAGAAUGGGUGCCAGCCAUCUCUCAGCCGCUCUUCAAAAAGGAUUAUGUCAGGGUGAAAGCCCGUCGCCUCCAGGGUAUUGUGACAGUCAUGUUUGUGAGAAGAGCUCUCCUGCCAUUUGUUACUAGUGUCGAGUCGGAGAUUACCAAGACCGGCCUUGGUGGGUUCUGGGGCAAUAAAGGUGGGGUCAGUCUUCGUAUGGACUUCAUGGGUCUGAACUUCAUCGUGGUCAACUGUCAUCUGGCAGCUCACCAAGACCAGGUGGCAGCUCGGCUGUUGGAUAUUGACUCCAUACUGGACAGCCAGAAGUUCAAGGAUGCGGACACUGACAACAUUCUAGAUCAUGAUUACAUAUUUUGGAUGGGAGACAUGAACUUUCGCUUGGAAGACACACCAUACGAGCAUGCCGUCAUGGAAAUAUCAAAAGAGAAUUUCCCAGUGCUUUUAGCAAACGAUCAGUUAAAUUUGGUGAGAGAAGAAGGGCUUGCCUUUGAAAAUUUCAAAGAGGGUCCCAUAACUUUUGCCCCUACAUACAAGUUUGACCCAAGCACUGAUGUCUACGACACAAGCCCAAAGAAGAGGAUUCCUGCGUACUGCGACCGCGUUCUUUAUCACUUCCAUGACUGCGCAUACGGCAAGACAAGGCUACAGAGCACUCUCCUGGACUACCGCAGCCAUCCAUCUUACAAGGAAAGUGACCACAAACCUGUGUCUGCUGUGUUUGACAUUAAUGUGAUGUCCAAGCCCAUUUCUCAACCUGUUAAGUUUCUGUCUGAGGGGCUUGUGUGGAGCAGGCAAUCGCCGCAGAAGGUCACAUAUCAUGUCCGGAGAAACUUUCAGGAAACUAUUGGAGAUUGGAUAGGAUUGUAUAAGGCGGAUUUCACCGAUUUCAACUCCUACAUCUCAUACGUCUGGGCUCCGACAAGCAGUGAUGGUGUCCGAGGUGGUGGAGCCGGCAAGGACUCGAGAGGCAUCAACAAACAGGUGAAGUUUGCUCGCAGUUUGCUGGAGCGGGCGGAGGAGGGAAUGUACGUCCUCUGCUACCUCACCUUCAAGAACUCCCUGUGUGGGAUCAGCCUCAAUUUCUUGGUAUGCUAGGUCGUCCUUGCAGGUUGUGCAGGGAAUUCUCGGGAUUCUUCAAGGCAGCAAAUGCCAAACUUUUUACUAGUUGUGCCACCUCACAGGUCAGGAUCUUACCGUUCAAUAUCUCAACAAGCUCAGGAUUGAAGGACAGCUGAGUUCAACUGUCAGGAUCACCUUUGUUAAACGUUUUAUCUGUAGUUUUACUACUUCAUGGAAACAGAGCAAAGGUGAAAGCACUUUCAAAAUCAAUUACAAGAGCAAGAACAAAACUUGGUUGUAGAUUUGAAAGCUUUUUCUACUUUAAAUGAAACCUAAAUGUGAACGUACUUUGAGCAGGAUAUUUUUUAAUGCUUUAAUUACAGCAUUGUUUAGACACUGCUCGAUCACAGCCGAGCUGUGCUUAAGAACAUUCCAAUUCCUCUGAAAUUCAUAGUUUUAAAAAUGCUAUUAAUUGCUUUUAGAAAAAUAAUUUGUAGAAUGUUUUUAAUUCAAUUGCUUU